AUGACUAAAACCAUAGAUAUCAGCAGUCUACGACAGAAAUGUGAGGAGGCUGGUCAGGGACACUUGCUUCAGUUCUGGGACCAGAUUGAGGAGAGCCAACAGAAGUCUUUGGCUGCAGAGAUUUUAAGUGUCAAUUUGCAAGAAGCUAAUGUGUAUUUCAAAGAGGCUCAAGCCACCCUAGAGGAGAACAAUGAGAAGAUAGACGAGCAGCUGGAACCACUAGAACCAGCCGUGUGUGGAAGUGUGGCAAGAAGUACUAAUGAGCUCAUAGACAAGUACAGAAACCUAGGUUUGUCAGCUGUAGGCAAUAGUGAGGUAGCAGUGUUGUUGCUUGCCGGAGGUCAAGGCACUCGACUCGGAGUGCCCUACCCCAAAGGCAUGUACAAUGUUGGCCUGCCAUCAGGCAAGACACUGUAUCAGCUACAGGCCGAGAGAAUUGUUCGACUGGAGAGAUUAGCUGAGAGGGUGACAGGCAAACCUUGUGCUGUUCCUUGGUAUAUUAUGACAAGUGAACACACAAAGGAAUCAACAGAGACAUUUUUUCAGAAGCACAAUCACUUUGGUUUGAAUAAGGAGAAUGUGAUUUUGUUUGAGCAGACAUUACUUCCCUGCUUUGACUUCAAUGGCAAAAUUAUUCUGGAAUCUCAGUCUAAAGUUGCCCUUGCUCCUGCUGGUAAUGGUGGGUUGUACAAUGCUUUGCGAGAUCAAGGAGUGCUUGAUGACCUCACUGCCCGGGGGGUCAAAUAUGUCCAUGUCUACUGUGUAGACAACAUUCUAGUAAAAAUGGCAGACCCUGUUUUUAUCGGAUUCUGUCUCAGCAAAGGUGUUGAAUGUGGAGCUAAGGUGGUGGAAAAGACGGUACCAAAAGAAGCAGUGGGGAUUGUUUGUAAAGUCAACGGCAAAUACCAGGUUGUGGAGUACAGUGAGAUCACUUUAAAGACAGCAGAGAAGAGGACACCAGAUGGAAGACUGAUGUUUAAUGCUGGAAAUAUUUGCAAUCAUUUCUUUACAUUAGACUUCCUCAAGUUUGUCUGCCAAAAGAAGAAUGAAUCCCAACUGAAGCACCAUGUGGCAAAAAAGAAGAUUCCGUUUAUUGACUCCACUGGGCAUCUGCAGAAACCAUCAGCCCCGAAUGGCUUUAAGAUGGAAAAAUUUGUUUUUGAUGUUUUCCAUUUUACACAGAACUUUGGAGUCUGGGAGGUUCUGAGAGAAGAAGAGUUCUCCCCCUUGAAGAAUGCAGACGGACAACCCAAAGACACACCCACAACGUGUCGAAACGAUCUGUUAAGCCUGCACCAUCGUUUCGUGCUGGCAGCCGGUGGGAGAUUUGUUCAUUCAGACGGCUCUCUCUACUCGGACAUACAGAGAAAUAAUAACAAUGAACAGAAUGGUGAUUCCUGUCAGAAAAGCCAGGAUGAGGAGGAGACAAUUGUCUGUGAGAUUUCCCCAUUGGUUUCUUACUUUGGAGAGGGCUUGGAAGAGUUGAAAAACAAACUCCUGAAACCCCCAGUUUUGAUUGAGCUUGGCCCAGACAAAAAGACUCUAGAUAUCAGACAGGCCAUUUCCUAA